GCCCGCGCCCGCGCCCGCGCCACCACACACGCACCAUGAGCGACCUGCAGGCCACAUUCGAGUUCUCCGUGGAACUCUACAAGUUCUACAAUGUCGACCUCUUCCAGAGAGGGCUUUACCAAAUUCGCGUGGGUCUCCGCGUGUCACCCAAGGUGCCGGUUCACAUCGAGGCGUCAGUGUCCAGCAGUAAUGGGGCAGCGAGAACCGGCCGGCCCGCCGCCAAUGCCUCGCUCAUCGGUGGCCUUGCGGCUUCCAGGGCCUUCCAGAUAAUGUACAGGAACGAGGAGGUCACGCUAAGAGACAUCGUACAUUUUAGAGCUCAUUUGCUGGUUGACAGUCGAAACUUGAAAGAAUCGUUAGAGCGAGCAGAAUGGAGUCUUGGGGUGGAGUUGUGGUGCAGCGAGGGCGCGCAGUCGAGCACCCUGGCACCUGUCUCCUGCCGAGUGCUGAAGCUGCACUUCCAACCAUCCCAGGGUCUGCAUUACCACCUGCCCGUGCUCUUCGAUUACUUCCACCUGUCGGCUGUCUCCAUAACAAUACAUGCCAGUCUAGUUGCUUUGCAUCAACCGUACAUCAACACGCCCCGCUCGAGCAAACAGUGGGGCAAGUUAAUGAAGAGCGCUGGAUCCAACUUCAGCGCGUCGGGCAGCUUCGAGAACGUGUUGUUCGGAUCCACGGGCAAGUGCGCUGGCGGCAACUCCGGCAAAAUAGCUCACGCCAGGUAA